GAGAGAGAGCAAGAGAGAGAGACAGAGAGAGAGGGUGCGCUGUACAGAGGCUGGGUCAGAACGCUCAGUUGCUUCAGACAAUCACAGGGGAGCGAGAGAGAGAAAGCAAGAAAGAGAGGUUGAGAGAGAAACAGAAAACAGCAGACAGAAAGCGAGAGCGAGAAGGGGGGAGCGAGAGAGAGGGGGGGAGGUAGAUAUGUGACAGGAUGUGGUUUCCCUGAGCUUGCAGAACAUCGGUACAGACAUACUUUGAGCAUGACCUAAACACACCGUGUGUGUACAAGUACAUGUUGGCUAACCAAGCUCUGCUGAGCACCGGGCCAACAAAGGAGAACUGGAGGAGAACAGCCGGAGUCUCUGCUGUCCACCGCCGGAGAAGGAGGAGGAGGAGAAGAAGGAGGACGGUCUUGAUCCAGGAGACCUGACAGGGGUACGCUGUCACACAGGAUCUGAGUCAUCCGGGUGCCUCUUCUUCUUCUUCUUCUUCUUCACUGGUCCUGCUGUCAGCACAAUGUGUGUGUCUGCUGGAGGCAGCAGUUUGGUGGCAGCUCAGGAGUGAAGAACUUCUCUUUCAACUCUCCGCUCAGUUCUGGGUCAGGUCCGUGGACGUUGAGACACACACACACACACACACACACACACACACACACACACACACACACACACAUACUGAGACAUCAUGGGCUGUGGGCUGCGGAAACUGAAGUCGGUGUCUGAGGAGAACAGUCCGGGAAAGAUCUACUCCACGCUGAAGAGACCUCAGGUGGAAACCAAGGUGGGCGUGGCCUACACCUACCGUUACCUGGACUUCCUCAUUGGAAAAGACGGCGGGACCUCCACCCUGCGUCUCUCCUCUGUGAGGGAGCUCCCAGACCAGCUGCAGGAGCUCUACCAGCAGGGCUUCGUCUUGGCUGCUGUUCAUCCCUUCAUUCACCCCUGUGGUCCGGAGUCCAACAGUCCCCAGCACCAGCUCUACCGGGCCAUACUGGUCCGACUAAAUGAUGGGGUGGAGAGCAGCCAUUCUGCCUGCACGCCGUACCGUCUCCAGCUGGAGGACUGUCUGUCUGCAGACCAGGUACCCACCCCAGAGCUCAUCCAGGGCUACGUGAAAAAGCAGAUCCAGGAUGCAGCCGACCAGGGUGUCCUAUUUGUGGGUUUCAUUCAGGAACCCUAUGGGGCACCAUGCACCAGGAUUAGAGAACCAGAGACCCCAUCCCUCUCUCUCCACUCCAGCCCCAGCUCUGUGCUCGGCUCCUUGGGCAGCUGCAGCCCUUCCAACCCCUCCAGCCCCAACAACCACAGAGAUUCAGAGGUCCGCAGCGAGGCCAUGGACAUCACUGAAGAUGAGGCCCCGUGCAAGGCCGUGGAGGCUGCACAGGACAAGCAGAAGGAACUGACGGAGAAUGACGCCAGGUCUGAGGUGGAGGGCAGCCAUGAUGCGACGUCACCGGCUGGACCUCUGAUGUCAGACAGGGAUCUGGAACAGGAGCUGACUGAGGAGGACUCGCUGACGCACAACAACAACAAAGCCAACACCACAGAGAAGAAGGAGAGGUCAUGGUUCCGCACACGGAGAGGUGAUGGGGUGGAACUGCUGGCUCUGUUCAACCACCCCGAGGUUCGGGAAGGGCAUGUUAAGUACUACACCGUCAAAGUGCCGCUGCGGGUUCAAAACCGCGAUGAAGGGGUCAAAGGGGUUGAGGCCAACUGGUUGGACCACAUGACCCAGCACUUCAACAACGGAGCCUCGUUGGUCGACGGAUACUUCAACCUGGGCAAUGAGAAUGAUUUGCUGCCUAAGUCGGUGGAAAGUGUCUUCAUCUUCCAGGAGGCAGCAGAGGCUGAGCCAAGUGCACCCACCCACACAUACGAUGCCAUCGUGGUCGAGCAGUGGACCGUCAUUGAUGGUUUGCAGGUGAAGGCAGACUAUGUUCCCCUGCUGCAGUCUUUGGCCACGUAUGGUUGGAGACUCACCUGUGUGCUGCCGACACCAGUUAUCAAGACAAACAGUGAUGGAAGUCUGUCCACCAAACAGAUUGUUUUUCUGCAGAGACCUGUCCUGGCCCGAAAGAAGAGGGAAUCUAAGAAACUAAUCUUCAAAUCCCGAGGCAAAUCCAACAAGAACUGUAUCAAAGAUACAACAAAGAACAAGAAGAAGAAAAACAAAACAACAGGAGUGGAGAAAGAUCCGGAAGAUCCCAAGAUUCUCGAUGACAGAGAAAAGGUUCUGAAAGAAGAAGCCGAGAGCAAAGAUGAAGGGACGAAGAAAGCAGAGAUAGGCACCGAAUGUAAAGAGAGUGAGAUAGCUAAAGAAAAGGAUGCAAAGAAAGAUGAGGACAGAAAGAUGGUUGAGGAGAUAAAAAUUGGUGCAAUGAAAGACAGCGACACAGAGAGCAGGGACAAAGGAGCAGUGAACAGCACAGCAGAUGAGGGGGAGGAAGAAAAGACCCCACUAGAAGGAGAGAGAUCUAUAGAGAGGGCAGGAGCUUUGGAAAAUGGAGAGAUCGAGGAUGCGGCAGAAGCCAUAGAAAAACAGAAAGAGAGUGAAGCAGAGGAUAAUGAGAGGGCAGGAGAAAUUGAGGUGGUGGGGGUUGAAAAUGGGGUGCAGAGAGAUGAAGAAAAAGACGAAGACAAAGAAGAUCCCAGAAAACAAGAAGAACCAAUAACACAGGUCAUUACUGAAGAGAUUCAAGAUCAGACCUCAGCAGGCAUUUGAAUUUGUACAUCCUCAGGUUCAAGAUGUCAUCCUUGAAAACUAGGGAGACACAAGGUGUAGAUAUGCUUCACUGCAGCGUUUCUCACUCCUACCACAACCUUUGACCAUCACAAAUAAACAAGCCCGCUGCAAUCGGCCUCUAUGUAGCUAUGGAACAAUCUCUUCUAACCACAGACACCAGUCCUACUGUAUAACCACACAUCCUGAAUGUAUAUAUUCAAAACAGAUAGUCAGAUUGGAGUCACUGGAAAAAAAAUUUGAAAGUACGACCAGACCAAUGAGAGCCAAUGAGGGAUGACAAGGACGAAUGGGGAAUGAAUUCACAGUAAGGUGGACAGACUGUUUCAGCCAAUCCUGUUCCAUUGUUCUGUGUACCAUCAUUAGUACUGUUGUAGAAGGCAUGAAGAGAGCAAGAACUUUGACAAGGUUUUUGUUGCGACAGGCAAUCUGAAAAAAAGGUGAAGAGAUUGAUGUUUAUGCCGAGCUUGAAGCCACCAAGUGCUUAAGAGAGUCUGAUAAUCACUCUUAGGUGUACUCAAGCCCCUCACCUUGCCUACAGAAUGUUCCAUAAUCGAGACAGUUCAAGUUAGAUCAUAAUGUGAAAUAUGGUUGAAUGUUUUAGGGCUCCAAGGAAACCAUAUUGCAGACAUGUUGAGAUACCAUACAGAACUUGAACAUCAAUACAUCUUGUGAAAACAGAACAAGCGUGACAGACGUUUCCCCACGGAGGGUGAAUUUCCAUUUGGAAAGCUGUGAUUGAAGCGAGGUGAGCUCAUCUGAGAUGAUUCUGUGUUUUUGGACUCCCACUACAUUCUGGUUGCACAUCCACUGACGGCGGCAAAUGCAGUGAAAACGCAGGGGUCAAUUUACAGCAGAGCCCCGUAUCCGCCUAUCCUACCUGAGGUCAUGCCCUUUCAGGCUCCAUCUUUCCUCAAUCGCCAUACGGUCCAACUUCUGACAGGAACCUGCUCUUGGGAGUGGGAGGCUGUUUUUUAUGUUCUGGAUUUGAAGGAACAUUCAAAAGCGAGGCAGGAUCUGACAUUUCAUCCGUUAAAUGAUGCUGAAUCGUGUUAACUCGGCCCUCCAUAUAAAGAUGGAGACAUUUGACUAAUGAUGGAUCUAUGUGUUCAUCUGCAGCUUCUUCCCAUCUGUGUAAAAACAAGGUUAUAUACAUUUCCCUGUCUUUUUAAGCCUCAUUGUCUCUGAGCCUCAGUAGUUGCUGCAGUCGUUUUUGGUUUAUGUUGCACAAAACGGUUCAUUUCCUGUGUUACCAUGAUGUGAAACGGGCAGGGUAGAUAUGACAGAACAUGAUACGACAGAACCAAAUCAUUUUUCCUAUCUUGUCAUUUUCAAGCUCGCUGACAGCCUUUGGGAAAUGUACUCUUAGUUUGUGUCUCCAGUGUUACCGUUUUCAUCCCUUCAGCUGCCAUCUUGAAUGUUGAGUAUCUUUGAUCAUCUGCUAAAUUCACAGGAGAAAAGAGAAAAGUAGUCCUUAACUUUGCUGUCCUGGAUGUGUCCACAUUCCUAUUGUUCAUGACAUAUGUACAAUUUGUAUAUUAUAAAAUGCUUUA